UUCUUGUUUCCAAUUACGUUUCAGUCAUAUGUUUGAUUCCCAACAAAUUCUUAUCUAAGUUUGUAUAAUUUUCGCACUAAGGUUUGGACCACCAGACAAUAUGUUGCGAAUACUAGCUGCCUUGUCUGUACUGCUUCCUCUUGUCCUCAGUCAAUGUGACGUCGAUUCUAAGAUACUUGCUAUUUGGUAUGAUAUGGAUAUAUUCCCAAAUGAUGCGAAAGUUACCCCUACCGAAAUGCAAGUGUUCUUCUCCAACAUGAGUGACCCGAUCACUGGAAUAGUGUUUUAUGGCGCCUUUCAUAGUUUUUGGAGUCAGCGCUAUUGUGGUGAGACCAGUCAAGUCACAGAUUACUUCUUCAAGCAAUGGGAUCUUUUUCCUCAAGAUAUCCCUGACGGAUAUUUAACACUUGAUGACUUGGUCCUGGCCUUCAAUACGAUCGACACCGACGACCCAGACUCUGUAGGAUUUAUUGACCUCUUCACCGAGUGGCAUCCAUAUUUUACAAAGCUAUAUUCAGAAGCAUUGGCUCAAGCUUGAUGUAUCAUAAAUACACAAUAAAUAUGUUCCACAUA